AAAGGAGUAAUAUAACAAAAAUUAAUAGCACAUACAAUACCACAUACUAUCGAGCCGUGCCUCACUCUCUCUCCGAAGCUCCAACCGCCGUCUUCCUCCUCCGAGGGCUCCGCCGUUUUCCGUGAGGUUAAAUACGAUUAUGUUCAUUUCUAAACUUUCAAGAGUUGGAGUUUGGAUGGUUAAAGAGCUUUGUAGAGGAAAAUCCAGAGGCCUAAUUAGAGCUGGAUAUACACACAGACCUUUUAGCCAUAACUUGCAAGCACUGUCAGAAGCUAAGGUGUCGACGGGAGCAAUCUUUCAAAAGCAUCGGUUUUUUACUUCAGUAAGUAGCGAUCCUUCGGAGGAAGGGAGUGAGCUGGAAGAAGAGAUUUCUGUGACAUUUGUUGAUAAGGAUGGAGAGGAGAAGCUUAUUAAGGUUCCAGUUGGAAUGUCUAUGCUAGAAGCUGCUCAUGAAAAUGACAUUGAACUUGAAGGAGCUUGUGAAGCCUCACUUGCCUGCUCAACAUGUCAUGUGAUUGUGAUGGAUAUGGAGUACUACAAUAAAUUAGAAGACCCAACUGAUGAGGAGAAUGACAUGUUGGAUCUGGCUUUUGGACUUACAGAAACGUCUCGUCUGGGUUGUCAAGUAAUUGCAAAACCCGAACUCGAUGGAGUCCGUUUAGCUAUUCCCAGCGCUACUCGAAACUUUGCUGUUGAUGGGUAUGUUCCAAAACCACACUAGCUAGAUGUAAUAGAACACACAUUUUUGCAGCUCCUGUAUUCUACUGGAUCAACAUCCCCCUCCCUUAUUUGGGGUUCUAAUAUCAGUUAUUGGUUUUGAGUAACUUAUAUUGCUGAGUUCACCAUCUAAAGAACAGAACUAGUGUAAUAGUAGUUCUCAUGAUUUUGAGGGAAUUUUCCUGACCAUUUAAUUUAUAAGAAAUUAUUGGAAAAGUAAUUUGUAUUGGCUUUGUUGCAUUUUAAUAAGGUCUGCUUAGCUUUGGACUUUCUUGCGAGCUCAGCAGUUGUAUGUAAUACAUUAUAGCAUACAUACUCAAUUCAGAAGAUAUACAUUAAAGUUUA